ACGAAGUCUGUUUUGCACACAUCAGUCAAUUUGACGUAAGAUAGGACUGCAGCGAGAACUUGACGACGUCUACCACCGUCCUUGUGAUACACGUAAACACGCUCUCAGUUACGAUUGCGUUCUGAUUUGUGAACAUCAGUAGUCUUACUUACACGUCGAACUUAAGAACCACACUCUCUCCAAAGUUUUGGGAGUCUUGUGCAACGAUGCAGUCUCUUGCCCAGCGCGCUAGCCACGCCGUGCGUCCCAUGGGGCCGCGGCGCUUGCAAGCUCGGCGUGUGGUGCCACGGGCUGCCUCCACGGAGCUGUCCUUGAGCACGGUGAAGGACGUGAUGAGCUCGGGGACGCUAUACUCGGUCUCGCCAGAGGACACGGUGGACGCGGCCCUUGAGAUUCUCGUGAACAAUCGCAUUACGGGCCUACCCGUGCUGGACACGGAGGGUCGCGUGGUGGGCGUGGUGUCGGACUUUGACUUGCUGGCGCUAGACGCGGUGGGCCGCGUAAAUGACGACAACAUGCUCUUCCCCAGCGCCGAGCAGAGCUGGCAGGCGUUCAAGGAGGUGAAGAAGAUGCUGGCCAAGACCGCCGGCAAGAAGAUCAAGGACGUCAUGACGCCCAAGCCCAUCACCGUGCGCCCCGAGACCAACCUCAACGACGCCACCAGCAUCCUGAUCAGCAAGAAGAUCCGGAGGCUGCCAGUGGUGGACGAGCACGGCAAGCUGGUGGGGCUGAUCAGCCGCGGCAACAUCGUCAAGGCAGCGCUAGCGGCGCGCAAGGCCGCUGCCGCCUCCUCCAACUAGAGGGCGCAAGGCCGCUGCCGCCUCCUCCAACUAGAGGGCGCAAGGCCGCUGCCGCCGCCUCCACCAGAGGGCGCAAGGCCGCUGCCGCCUCCUCCAACUUGAGGGCGCAAAGCCACUGCCGCCGCUUGUCCUACGAGGCGCCGGCUGGGGACCCUGGGGCGUCGUUGCUCCGCGGCGGCGUCUCGUCGUGGACUGCAGUCGUCCACAGCGGCGUUGGACAACGCCCGGUAAGGGCCCCAGCUCAGGGGCACCACCUUGGCGUAACGUCCGGCGUUGGCGAGGCGACGAGGGAAGCGGACGAAUGCAGGCUUGAUUCGUAUGGAGCGGGGCGCGCGAGGCUUGUCGUUGUGUGCGCACCCGGUUGCCGAUUCUGCGGGUUGGUGCAAGCGAUUGUCGCGAGCGUGAGACGGGUGAGCGCGCGAGGGAGAGUGCACUGGGAGCGUGAGCGGUGAGACGAGGGGAAGAGUGUUGAAGCAUCCUAAGUUUUGGGGGUGGUCUGCGGGUCCUCGGUUGGCAUCCGGGAUGUCAGCGGCGCUGGUUGUUUGUGGCACUGAUGUUACGGUACUGCUGUGGGGGCUGCUGGCUGUUGCAUGGUGCGGCCAUUUCAAUAUGCUGAUGUUUUUAAUACAAUUUUGUUGCCAGUUGGACUUUCACGUGGCACACUUGCACAUGGUUGCACCGCUGGAAAGAGGUUAGAAAUGGACGUGGAAGCCUGCCUGGGCCUGCAGCAAUGUUUGAAGCCACCCCUCGCGCGUCCGCAUCCGAUGAAGCAGUGAAGUGGGCGGAUCUGCGCGGAUGAAAUGCCAAGCCCUCAGA